CGACCAUACUUGAAGUACGUCAUACACAUAUCUGACAUUUUGCUUUUGUUUGUUGAUAGACUUUGUAGAUAAUAUAUUAUUUAUAGGGUUAUAUAUCUUGAUAUUAUAUUCUCUUUGAAAAAUUUCUUUAAUUGUGUAGAUAAAUUCAAUAUUGCACAAUGGGUAAAGGAUUUAAUAACUAUAUGUGUAAAAAAUUCUUCCAUCCAGCAUCCAGAGAUAAUUUGAAAAGGGUAUGGAUGGCAGAACAAAAAGCUGAAGCAUAUAAAAAGAAACAAGAAGAACUUCGCCAACAAUACGAAAAAGAACAAGAUCUUCAUGACAACAAAGCUAUGCUCAGCAAAGAGAGUAAAGAUAAACUAAGCAUUAGUUUUAUGUAUGAACCUCCUCCUGGUGCAAGAAAAGAAAGAGAACGCGAAGAUAAUGAACCCGAAUAUAAAUUUGAAUGGCAAAGAAAGUAUAAUGCACCCAGAGAAAGUUAUUGUCAGGGAGAUCAAGAAAUACGUGAUCAACCCUUUGGCAUUCAAGUCAGGAAUGUCAGGUGUAUUAAAUGUCAUAAAUGGGGUCAUAUUAAUACAGAUAAGGAAUGUCCUAUGUAUAGUUUAUCAAUGAGUGCAGCAAGAUCAUUGGAAAACGCGACUGUAAUGGAUCAGAAGUCUUUGGUACAGCAAAUGUUGGAUGAUGGUUUAGCAUUAAAGAAACAACAUGUCAAUACAGUGGAAGCAAAUAAGCAUCUUCUAAUUAGUGAAGAUGAAGAGGAUAAUGAAGAAGUUACAUUUUUAAAGUCACUCACAAAAAAGCAGAAAAAAGCUUUGCUAAGAAAAUUGGAAAAAUUGGAAAGACAGCCUGAUGAAAAAAGAAAACAUAGGAGGGAGAGUGGCAGUGAAUCAUCAGAUGAUGGAAGAUCCAGGAAGAAAUCUGUAAAGAAAUUUAAAACCGAGAAUUAUAAAAAUAAACAUACUGAUUAUAAAAGAAAAUAUACAAAUAAUGUAGAAGAAAAAGGUACAAAGAAUUAUAGAAAGCGGUCAGUGAGUAGUGAAAGAGGUCAGAGAGAGGAAAGGAACAGAAAAAGUAAAUCAGAAAUCAAAGAUAAAAAGAGACAAAAAAGAUAUUCAAGUAGUGAGGAAAGUGAUGAAAAAUAUAGUUCCAAAAAAAGACGUCAAGACUAGAGAAGGCAUUAUUUGUGUAUAUUAUUAUUACUUAGAAUAUGUUUAUAAAUAUAAUUUCGUUUUUUAUUUCAAAUAAGAAAAUAUAUCCAAUAUUAAAUUUGAAUUCUACGGUAUGUUGAAGAGUAAAAAUAGAAAAAAAUCACAGUCAACAACAAAAUAGGAGUACUUCAAAUAAAUGUUAAAAAAAAUAAUGAGAAAGAAACAUAUGAAAUAGCAUCUUUAAAGCCACAAAACAAAAAAACGGCACUAACUAGGUAAGAAGUAGCCAAAAUAAUACAAAACCAAAAAAAAUGGCAAAUUUCCAAGCGAAAAUGAUAUUUAUUCGGAACUUAUAAAGUAUGGAGUUGAUGCUGUAACAAACAAAAUCUACCAAUUAGUUAAAAUUAUAUGGGAAAUGAGAUAAUGGUGCCUAUAUACAAAAAGAAGACUGUGUGAAUUACAAAGGAAUUGCACUUUGGGACACAGUGUAGAAAAUAUUGGCAAAGUGUCUAGAUCGAAAAAUAAAAGAAUAUAAAGAAACCCUGCUGGUAGAAUACCAGUGCUGAUUUCGAACUGAAAGAUCUGUAACAGACCAUAUAUUCACUCUUAAACAGAUACAGAGAAUGGGGUAAGAAUACAACUUACUGAUAUUUGCAAUUUUUAUCAACCCCCAAAAGGCAUAUGACACAGUUGCAAGUCAACAUUAUAUAUAUUGAAAAAUAAUGAAAGACCUGAAAGUAUCAAUAAAAUUGAUAAAGCUCACAAAAAUGACACUCAAGAACACUAAAACAAAGAUAAAAAUUAAACAGAAAUCAUUAGAUAGCUUUAACAUAAAUAUAGAACUAAAACUGGGAGAUCCUUUUUCUACUACUUUGUUCAACAUAAUACUGGAAUGGUUAGUACGAACAAUAAAGUUUUGUAGUAAUUAAA